CUUAUGCUGAUUUUAGAAUAUUACAACGUCACAACAUCCAGACUUUCAUUCGGUUUUCACUUGAUUUUAUCACUGAAAUUGUCGUUUCGUUAAUUAUCGUUAUUUGGUGAUUUUUCGUUGAAGCCAUUUGUCGUCGAGAGGUUGAUUAUUGUGGUGAAAAUUCAGUGGAAUUUUGUGGGGAGUUUGACUGGAUUUUUUUUUAAACUGUCUUUUUGGUUUAUUUUUUUUUCUUCCUGUGGCAACCUGACUCCCCUGGGCUGGAAUGGACUCGACUGGGACGGGUUAUGGUGUUGCUACGCCAGUGGCUCAGCCGACCAAUCGUAGAGCUCCUCUUCCGGAUAUCGUAGCGGGAUACGUCUCUCCUGAUUGGCUGAUUCGUGAUGUUUGGAGGAGCAGUGGUGACGUUACUGAAGAAGAUGGAAAUUUUUUUCGACCAUGUGGUUGAUAGAUUUGGUUAGGAGACUGUGUUUUGGUGCUGAGGGCUGAUCCUGGGAUAAUGGAGGCUCUGGAGGAGAUUGUGCAGUUCCUGGGGGUGGACACCAGGCUGGAUCUCCAGGCUAUCGCUGUGCAACAUGUCUUGUCUUUGACGGGAACAUCCGAAGGAAGAGAUUUGAUUCUCAGCUGUCCCGAUGUCCCUCGCCAGCUGAUACUCCUCAUUCAACUCGAUAAAUCACGAAUAACAAUUUCCAAAGAUGCUGCACUGGCUCUAGUGAAUAUCUCGGGUGACGAGAGUGGAGCAAAGGCCCUCCUGCUCAUAUCUGAGGCCUCGAAAAUGGGGCCCAAUGAAAGUCCAACCGAUGACCUCAUUCACGUGUGCAUCAGUUUCAUUCUGGAUAGAGAGAGCUCACUUGCGGAUCCUUGUUGCAUGAUUCUCUCCAACAUAACUAGACCUGCUAGCCACGUGGAUCGAAUUGUUGCGCAGAUGGAAAAGGGGAACUACAGUUGGAAUAAAAUAGUUCAUGCAUUUGCAUUUGCCAAGAGUUAUAAUAAAAAAGGAGCGAGCCUGCAUUACCUGGGACCUGUUCUCAGUAAUCUCAGCCAAUCUGAGACGGUCAGGAGACGAUUGAUGGAUCAGGAUAAUCCUAUCAUUCAGAAGCUCCUACCGUUCACAGAGUACCAGGAGAGCAUUGUGAGACGGGGGGGAGUUGUGGGGACCAUAAAAAAUUGUUGUUUCGAUGAUAAACAUCAUUUGUGGCUUCUGAGUGAGGAUAUCGAUCUAUUACCACAUUUAUUGUUGCCACUAGCCGGCCCUGAGGAGUUUGACGACGAAGACAAUGAGAAAUUACCUCUUGAUCUCCAGUUUUUGGCUGAAACAAAAACUCGGGAGAGGGACCCUGACAUCAGGAUAAUGAUUUUAGAGGCUUUGUGUCAGCUGUGUGCGACCCGGGAGGCCCGCGAAGUUAUCAGAGGCAAAAAUGCUUACGUGAUAUUGAGGGAAUAUCAUAAGUGGGAGAAGGAUAAGGCGGCUCUUCUCGCCUGUGAAAAUGUCAUUGACAUCUUGAUCAGAACUGAAGACGAAAUAGGACUGGAAAAUUUGAAGCUCGUGGAUGUACCUGAAGAUUACACUGAGAAAUUCAAAAAAAUGGAUGAAGACUUCCUCAAGGACGAUUGAUAAACAAAUUAGAAGAAAUAAUAAAAAUUACAUGUACAACUCACUUCACAUUUUAUACUCUAUAUUUUAUAACUUUAAAUACAAUGAACUCAAAGGUCAACAAAUAA